AUGCCUCAAUAUGAUGAGCUACUGGAUGCGCAUAAGGGUCGCUGUGCUGUGGCCUCCGUGGCAAUCCAAGCUGGAUCUUGCAUCCUUCGCACGUCUGCUCUAUGCACUGUAUCUUUCUCUUCUUGUGGCUGGUGUUUUGCGUCUCAGGUCUCUCUUUUUCGCUGUACAGGCUGCCGUAAAGCUCGCUAUUGUUCUCGUGCGUGUCAACAACGUGAUUGGUCUCAACAUCGUCGCGAAUGCUCGGCUUGGCGCUCUAUUCCAGCAGCCAAUAAUUUGCCUACAGUGUUAUUAGUCUGUCGACUUGCUGCCAAGCUUUUUCUGGGCUCUAUAAUCAAUGAGGAAGAGAGGAAUCAAGUAUUCAAAUUACGUCACCAUUUGGACGACCACUUGGAAUGUAAACGUCAACAGUUCAAAGAGAUGUCACAAUUAGUGCUUCUGCUCUUGUUGCAGUAUAAAGGAGAUACCAAGCAACAGAUUGUGAGCUUUGACAAGCUUCAGAACGACCUGGAGAUGGAGAUAUUGAGGCUUUUCGGACGUGUCAACUGUAACGCGUUCUCAGUGGCAAACAACGUGACAAAUGAGGCACUGGGCAUCGCCUUGUUUCCACAUGGUGCACUAUUCAAUCAUGACUGUGAUCCAAAUUGUAUUGUAAGUUUCAAGGGACGAGAAAUGCUGGUGCACGUGGUGAAAGACGUCGGAGUGGGGCAAGAACUCACAGUGUCAUACAUUGAGCUGCUACAGUCGACGGAAGCGAGACGAAACGAGUUAAAGGAUUUGUAUUUCUUUGAUUGCCAAUGUGCACGAUGCAAGGCUGCCAUGAAGGAGGAGGUAGAGGAUGAUUGGUAUCUGAAUGGACUCGUAUGCAGUAACAAGAAAGAAGAGACUUGUAGCGGUGUUGUGGUGGUGGAAAAGGCGAUAGACGGUGGCGUUGGUAGCGCUGUAUGCAAGAUAUGCGGUAUGAAGCGAGAGAAAGAGGAGAUUGAUAGGUUUGAAAGGCAGCUAAAGGAGCUUGACAUGCUUACAUGUACUUCGGAGCAGGACAAAUGGCAUGUGUAUCAACGAAUGUGGGACAUUAUGACGAAGCGGCUACGACUACAUCCACGUAAUUCACGUGUAGCUAUCAUGGCCCGUACGAUUGGUAACUUUCUCUUUGGAUCGCCAUCCCCAGAUUUGCAACAUCUAGCACUACCUUUCUUUUUGGCGGAGCUACGUGCAGUGGAAUGGCUGCUUCCGAAUACAAAGCUUCCGUCAAGGGGUCUACUUCAUUUCCAAAUUGGCAAACUGUUGCUUGAGGAGGUAAAGAGAGACUUGACACCCUCGUCUCUGGAUCAAGCUACACAGAUUGAGAGCGCUGCAAAACAUCUUCAACAGUCCCUUUCAGUGUUGAACUGCGUGUACGGAAGUGGUAGUGAUGCUGUACAAUCUGCGCAGCUGAUGCUAGAUGAGGUUCAUCGCACAGCUCUUCAGCUUUUCUAG